AUGGACAAGCAGGCAGCUCCGAGCCCGCACGGUGAACAGAGGCAGUUUCCCUUUUGUUUCACGGCCUCUGCGGCCCGAAGGCCCGCGCCCAGCACACCGACGUCUGAGCCAGCCGCCCGCGCCGCCUCCCCUCCCUACACCCCUUUAGGCGGGGGUGCGCGGAGCCCGGGGACGCAGCACGAUCGGCGCGGAGCCGCAGGCGGCCGGCCGGGCUCUGCCUGCCUCACCGCAGCACCUCCUUGCUCCGCUCCGCUCGGCUCUGCUGGGCUCGGGCGCUCCCUCCUAGCGCCGCCGCUCGCACUCGCCCCGCCCAGUGCUCGCUCGCCCCGCCUCGCCCCGCCCCUUGAGCCGGGACUCGAGGCCCGGAGGUGCUCGGGCCGAGCUGUCAAAGGCCGAGGCAAAUCGGCGGCGGCUGGCGCGCUUGCAACUGCGGGCGGUCCGGACGAACCGAGGGGGGAGGGAAGGGGCGCGUCUGCAGCCGAGCUCGAGUGGAUGGCUGAUCGGUGGUUUCGCGGGAUCCACUGCUACCGGCUGGAAAACAGAGGACCGCACGUGAGCGUCCCCCCCUCCGGCUGGCGGCACGGUAGUGCGGUCUCCGCCUCGCCCGGCAUAAGGCAAGCGAGAAGGGACGCACUUCUCCUGGCUCGCAAAGCGAGGCAGAGAGCUCGGACCUUUGGUUUUCUGGGACAGAGGCCUGCCGGAAUCUCCCGAGAGGCUGAGAGCGAGCGUCGGGCCUAA